UCAGCUCCUGCGAAGCCAUGGCAGGGCCUCUCACUGCUGGUGAGAAAACCCCUCCAGCUGCAAGCCUUACCUCAGUAGGAGGCUCAAAUGAUUUAUCCAGGACAUCCCCAGUGUCAGUGCUUCACACAGCUUAGUCAUGAAGUGGCUCUGAUGGAUAGGAGCACACCAUUGGAGCUGCCACCUUCCUUCACCUGGAGAGCUUUAACUCAUGUUUCCCCAUAUUCCCUUUUCUUCUUACAGCUUUCCCACCACUGCUCCAUCAUGUGGCAUCCAGUCUGGUGGACACCAUGUGCCCUGUGGUCACCCAAGCACUUGAAGCUGGUCACUGUCUCCUUGCUGGCACUCCUGGUACUGCUCAGCUUUGCUUCAGGACAGAGCAGGACGUUCAAACAUCAAAUAGGCAACAGAAGUCCUGAGAUUGAUCCCUUCUGGUACGUGGGCCGAGGCGUGCGCCCCAUCGGCCGCUUUGGCAAGAGGCAGCUGAGGAGCAGCCGUGGCAGCCUGAGGCCUGUGAGCAGACACCUGGGUUUCAUCCUGAGUGCUCUGUGGCAACAGAAAGUGCUGGACACAGAAGACUGGUGAUCUCUGCUCCCCGAGGUGGUGACCCAACCUCUGUUCUCUGAAUCACACCUCAGAGCUCCAGCGCCGCUUUGGCCUAGCAGUCCCUAGCAUCUUGCUCUUCUUUCUGCUCCUUGUGCCAGCUCCUCCAAAAAGAAACCUGUUGAGCGUGCAGCUAAAAGACACUGCAUGGACACUAGCACCGAGUGCCACCAUAGCUUACAUCCCCACCAGCCUCCUGAUGCCGUUUCGCUGUAACAUUAGGUUCACCCAAACCCCACGCAGCUUUUGUGCUGGGAUUUAAACUCCACAGUGUGAAGUGUGUGUCAUGAACACCUUCCUGCCACAUUGCCAAGGCAGUGGCUGCUGCUAUGUCAAAAUAAAAAGCAAUGGUUGGAAGAAAGCACAAAGGUUCUGGCUGUUAAUGUCCCUGCACUGCUGCCACGGGAUGCUGGCGCUCCCUGGGUGGUUUUUAUUCAUCCACUCAUAGGAAGGCAGCCCUGAGCUACUCACUUGCCCUUCAAGACUCUUCAUGUACUGCUGGAGAGGGGUAUUGAUGACCAGGAAGGAGCUGCCAGCAAAGAUAAGAAAUUG